AUGGAAUUAAAUUAUUUUUAUACUGCAAAAGAAUCGCUGCUAUUUAACCAUCAAAAAAAGAAAGAAGUAUUCACAUCCAUAUUUGCAAUACGAUGUGAUGAUGAUAAAUUCCCGUUGCGUAAUCAAUUUUUAUGGUUAUUGAAAUUUUCAGUACUAAUCAGUAAUCUGCCUAUCACUGGCAUCGUUGGUAACUUAGGACUGAAGAGAUUUAUUAGGAUUCUGAAGAAAAUUAGCUAUAACCUGUUUGGUAAUGCUAGGGUAGGCAACGAUCGGCUCAAUCACUUUUUUUUUCCACCUGCCACCGUGAGUAUUGACAAUGAUGAAUGCGAAUCUCAACAAAUGCCUCCGUCCAUUCCAUUUCCAACAAUUAUCGUCAUCCAAAAAUGA